GUUCGCGGCCGGGGCUGCUGCUUUGUCGGGGGGCACUUCCUCCUCCUCGCAAGGGUCGUCUGGAGGGCCCGGGUCCAACCCUCUCUCUCGCAAGCUCCGCAAAGUGCUGGAGACGCGCUUGGAGACGGACAAGGAGAUGUUAGAAGCGCUCAAGGCUCUUUCAGUCUUUUUUGUAGAAAAUAGCCUGCGUACCAGAAGAAAUUUACGUGGAGAUAUGGAACAUCGCAGCUUAGCUAUAAAUGAAGAAUUUGUUCACAUUUUCAAGCAAGUGAAAGAGGAACUUGAAAGCAUAAAUGAAGAUGUGAAGUUUAUGAGCAGCUGCUGCCAGGACAUGACCAAUCACUUGAAGGCAACCAAGGAGCAAACCCAGGAUUUAAUAGAAAAGACAACUAAGCUUCAAGCAGAGAACCAUAGGUUAGAACUGAAAGCACAGAUAGCAGAUGCUUUCAUAGCAGAAUUCCAGCUUUCUCCAGAAGAGAUGAAUGUCCUUCGAAGCACAAGAGAUGGGCCUGUUACAGAGGACUUUUUUAAGGUAUUGGGGAGAGUAAAACAAAUCCACAACGAUGUCAAGAUUCUUCUGCGCACAAACCAGCAGAGAUCAGGCCUAGAAAUUAUGGAACAGAUGGCUUUGCUUCAAGAGACUGCUUAUGAGCAGCUUUACCGAUGGGCUCAAGGCGAAUGCAGAACUUUAACCCAAGAAUCCUGUGACAUUUCCCCAGUUCUAGCUCAAGCAAUGGAAGCUUUGCAAGACAGGGCUGUUCUCUAUAAAUACACCCUUGAUGAGUUUGCAACAGCCAGAAGAAGUGCUGUGGUCCGUGGUUUUAUCGAUGCCCUUACUAGAGGAGGUCCAGGAGGAACCCCCCGGCCUAUCGAAAUGCAUUCCCACGAUCCUUUGAGAUAUGCAGGAGACAUGUUGGCUUGGCUGCAUCAGGCUACUGCUUCAGAAAAAGAGCAUCUGGAAGCCCUGUUAAAACAUAUCAAUACUGAAGGAGUGGAAAAAAAUAUGCAAGAAGUGAUUGGACACAUCACGGAAGGCGUUUGCCGGCCUCUGAAGGUUAGGAUUGAACAGGUGAUCGUAGCUGAACCAGGAGCAGUCCUACUGUAUAAAAUUUCUAAUCUUCUCAAAUUUUACCACCACACCAUCAGUAAUAUUGUGGGGAACACCGCAGCCAUGCUUUUAACUACUAUGGAAGAGAUGCACGUUUUGAGUAAAAAGAUAUUCUUCAACAGUCUGAGCCUUCAUGCAAGUAAACUGAUGGAUAAGGUUGAACUGCCGCCUGCAGAUCUUGGCCCAAGCUCUGCACUGACUCAAACCCUUGCUCUGCUGCGGGAGGUCCUAGCAUCGCACGACUCUUGCGUCAUUCCUUUGGAUACCCGUCAAGCUGACUUUGGGCAGGUUCUCUCCUGUGUGCUGGAUCCCCUGCUGCAGAUGUGUACUGUGUCUGCCAGUAACUUGGGGUCUGCUGACAUGGCAACUUUCAUGGUGAAUUCACUUCAUAUGAUGAAGACAACGCUGGCUCUGUUUGAAUUCACGGAUAAACGGCUAGAAAUGUUACAGUACCAGAUUGAAGCGCACUUGGAUACCCUUAUAAAUGAGCAAGCUUCCUAUGUAUUGAAUAGAGUGGGCCUGAGUUACAUCUAUAACAUUGUACAGCAGCACAAACCAGAGCAGGGUUCCUUGGUAAAUGUACCCAGUAUGGAUUCCAUGUCAUUAAAAGCUGCAAUGGUCCAGUUUGAUCGUUAUUUGUCGGCUCCCGAUGGACUGCUAAUGCCACAGAUAAACUUUCUUCUAAGUGCUACCGUGAAACAGCAGAUAAUAAAACUGUCCACGGAACUAGUCUGCAGAGCCUAUAGUGAAGUAUAUUCAGCCGUAAUGAAUCCAGACAAUGGCUAUAAAGACCCAGAAACAAUAUUGCCCAGAUCUCCUCAUCAGGUUCAAGCACUUCUCUCCUAACCUUAGCCAAAAUGGAGUUUCUCACUGUUUAAGAUGUGUUUCUAUACAGAGCCUCCCAGCUGUUGGAACGAUGGAAUUGUUGCCUUUGUCCGCUGUAGGAUAUUGUAAAUAAAAUGUUUUUUCUGAACUUUGAAUACCAGCAGUGGGCAUAAAAAAUUUCUAAAGAGGCACUGACGUUAUUGGAAGCACAUUUGGCACUACUAGUGCAAAGCUUAUCAGCGUUCAAGGGGCCCUCUAAAUCUAUUUGUAAAUGUCCAGCAUAUAUGGAAGUGAGCAAUUUCCUGUAAAUCAAUGUACUUUGCUUUAGACUUUGACUUCACAACACGACUACCCUUGAAAACAAAACGACACACUCAUUAUUUUUGACCUCAGCAUGAGGAAUCGUGUGCCGCUCUCCCCUCUCCCAUCUUGUACUAAGAGGAAAUUUCAAUUAAACUUCAAUUAGACUAAAUAAAUGGUAUAAAUGGAAUACCUGAAAAUAUAAGCCCUGGACAAAAUAAGUCUUUGGAUGCCUUAAUUAAAAGCUAAAGAACAAAUGCUUUUAAAGAUAAGUCAGAAAUUAAGAGCUGAAUGGUUGCUUUUGACUCUCCUUUUCCACUCCUGCUCUUUGAGUUUCAACAGGGGCUUAUUCUGUCCAUUAGGGAAAGGAAAAUGCAGUCAGCAUACGGCUAUAAACAUCCAGCAACAAAAUGAAGAGCCAAAGCCUAUUAGCUUUCCUGAUAGCAGGCUAGGAUUCUUUUCCGGUAGAAGUACACUGGUAGAUACUGUUCCCAUAUAGCUCAGGAAGUCAGUGGUUACAUUAACUUGCAUGCACAGUAGGAGUUCAAAUAAAGACCUCGACAUUUUUCAUCCAUUUAAUUUGUUUAUUUCAAUGCCAUCCCAGAAAGCUGGGGCAGGUGAAUGGAAAAAGCAUUUAAACCUGCGGACAAUAUAAACAAAAUGAGUUUUCGGGCACUAAAAUUACGUUAAAAUUCACUAACCUGUCGUCAGCUUAUCCCUGACCCACACAAGCCAGCACAAAGAGAUAAGCUUCUGAAAUAUGCUCUCGCUUGGAAAGCAGCCAGUUUUCCUGGAAGUGGGUGUUCCAUAAACAGAAGAUACCUCUCGGUGCAUUUUAGCUGUUUGAACAUGGAAUUGUUACAGGGGCAGCUUCGAUCACCCUGGGAUUGUGAAGGAGCCUAGGCGAGAUAAUGGUCCCUAAAGUGUCUAGACCAGGCUUCCUCAACCGUGGCCCUCCAGAUAUUUUGAGACUACAGUUCCCAUCAUCCCUGACCACUGGUCCUGCUAGCUAGGGAUCAUGGGAGUUGUAGGCCAAAAACAUCUGGGGGGCCGAGGUUGAGGAAGCCUGGUCUAAACUGCUUUAGGGCUUUAAAAGAUCAACAACAGAGCCUUGAAUUGGAAUGGAUAAGACAUGCAACAGGAGCACAUGUGUAAAAUGCCCUCAGCAUCCCUCCCCUUUUAGGAGACAAAGAACCUCACUGUGCACCAGUUGAAGCUUCUAAGCAGCCUACGAUGACCAGGUAACAAAUCUUAAAAUGACCAGAUGCAUGGCUUUAAGUGUCCAGGUGCCACGUCUGACCAAAAAAUGGUAGCCUACUCAGGUGAUUUAAGUCAGAGAAAGAUGCUUCAGGCUAUCACCCAACCCAGGCACUGCGGAUUCGGCAAUUAAUCUGGGAGCUGGCCAAAACUAUUGGCUUGAGUGACCAGAGGUGACCUGCUGUUAUCAAUCACUGCCAUCCCAACCACGCCACACAUACAUCGUCUGUCAGUCAUCAUUACUCUGUGUCUGCAAGCACCUGCUGUUGGGUCACAUAGAAUCAUAGAGUUGGAAGAGACCACAAGGGCCAUCCAGUCCAACCUCCUGCCAAGCAGGAAACACGCUUACCCAGCUUGCAACUAUGGCCAGCAAGUGAGAUAAAAUUUAUUUGUGAGGGAAUGCCCAAUGGGUUUUUAAAAAAAUAAAAAUAAAGAUUUUCUUGGUUUACAAAAGUCCAUGCCUUGUCUCUCUUUUCAAGUUGUACAGUCUUUUCUACAGAUCAGUUACAUUUGUUAUGAGACAUUAGUGUUGAGUAUACGGUGUAAGGUCAGGAAGAAGAGGGGCGCAAAGGAGGGGUGGUAGUGAAAUUUAUAUUUUUUGCAGUGUAUGUGUGGGGUCAACUAGAUAGGUUCUUUUUCUGUUCGCUUGUUACGUUUCCGUGGUAGUGAGAGAGGUUGGGGGCCCAGGGUGUGGUUGGUUGUUCGUUGUUUGGCUACAAUGAGGUUUCUUUGCAAUUAUGACGGGGAGGGCUUGUUGGGUCAGGUAAGCCAGCCAGAUUGAUUCGUAUGCUGUCGGUGGGUUCUUGUUGUCUUGUUGGGCUGUGUAUGUGAUAAGGGGGAGCCCUAUUGGGGUGAAGGCGUCCUCUUCUAUUUGUCCCCAUGUCAGUUUCAGUAAGCUUUUCUACUAAGGUGGUUUCCCAGACAAUUUGGUACCACUGGUCCAUGUUCAGCUCUGACAGGUCUGGCUAUGAGGCUUCUGGCUGCUGAGAGAAGGGGAGGGAAUGCCCAGUUAAAAUAGAUGCUGAUAGCAAUGGAUGAAUCAGUUUUUGUUUCUCUCACCUUUCAUGUUCCAUUCACAAGUUCACCACCUGCCCACAUUGGUUUGCAGUUUUAGUUUUAGAAAUUCUCCGCAGAAAUUCAUCAGCAUCUUAGUGUGAAUUUCUCCGAAUCGACGCUUUUAUUUGCAUGCAAUUUCCCCUAAUGUAUUUAUAUGUGACUUUCAUUAAUGUAGACAUUCUAUGCACUCUUUCCCCUGAUAUCCACAUUUUUUGCACCCUUUUUUUGUGGAACAGCACCACAAAAUUCAGAGAAGUCCAAAUUUCAAAGAAGAGCUGCGUUUCAGAUUACGUAUUGCAUUAGGAAUUGCAAAUCAGGCAGGUUAACAUUAAAAUGCAAACUAUUCACAUUAAAAUGCAAACCAAAAAUGCAAGAAGCAUUUCUGCCCCAUCCCUUGGUGGUAACUGCUUUGCUUAAAAACAACAACAACAACAACCAGUUGACUGACAUAAUUACCCAUCUUAUUACCAGUUUUUAACCUAACUAGUACAACAGGGCUCCCCCCCCUCCUCAAGCUCCCCCCCCAUUGGAUUUGGGGGAAUCAGGAGAAUCUUCAGAACAGCACACAGCUGGGAGGAAAAGGGGGUAUUCCGUCUGUCAUGCUGAAAUGCUUGGCUAAUGGAAUGAUUGCCUAAUGCUAUGGCAAAUUCUUUCCUCCGUAUUCCUAUAGCAGCUUUUCAGUUCUGACCGCUAGUUUGAAUGCCCGUGGUUGGAAAAAGUUUGCUUUCAGACCUCUCUUGCCCUCGUGAUCCUGGCAAGGAAAGCACACCUCUGUUGGCUCACCCUCCUGAUAACUUUUUCUCCUUUUUCUUGAGCAGCCAAGAAGAGAAGGAACUUUAAAUUGCUGGGCGUUUGCUUCUGUCUCCUCAACGCUUUGGCUGCUUUCCCCCUGCUACUGACUUUGCAGGUGAUGAUAUGUGGAAUUGCAGCGAGGGUGGAGUGUGCCCUUGAUUUGGGGUAUGCAAAUUGUGUGUGAUCAGCAUAGCAGAACGAGACAUCUCUCCAAGUAGCAUUCAUCAUCACUUUGGGAGAGUCUGAAUUAUUUCCUUGGGUGAGAAUCAUGGAAUUCCCCAGCUUUGCACAGCUGCUGUUUACAGCAGCCCAGGGAACAACGAUCUGUUUAAUUUCAACCAUAUUGAAUUAAGAAUGUCUGCCUGUCUUCACCCUGAAGUGUGGUAGGAAGUAGAUUUGACACACCCUCUCUCUCUUCCAAGUCAUUUGUUUCCAGAGUAGAUGUUUUGUGUAAAGGUGGGGUAGGAGACAUUCUGCCAUAGCUGCCAAGUUUUCCCUUUUCUCGCGAGGAAGCCUAUUCAGCAUAAGGGAAAAUCCCUUAAAAAAAGGGAUAACUUGGCAGCUAUGCAUUCUGCUCCACUCCUGAAUUUCUGUCUUUGUCUCUUACCAUUGAUCUGUAAUAAUGCUUUGUCGCUAUGCCACAUGUAAAGACACUAACAUCACCAUUUCAUUGCAGAGAAGAUACAGUUCAUUAUCUGGCUGCAUGUAUAUAAUUGCCGUGAUUUCUGCAGUCAUGUAAUUUGAGCUUUGUCAAGAAAUCACUUCAGUGGGGAACCUUUUGCCCUCCAGAUUUUGCUAAACUUCCGCCACACAGGUCCUCCAUGCACACUGCCCAGGUUUAUGCCCCAGAAAGGUCACUUUGGCACUGCUAACACAGCAAAAACAAUGCAGGAAGCAGCACUUACGAGUUACCGGUCUCUGCAGCCACAGCAGGCACUGUGAUUCUCCAGCGGUUUGACUUCGCUCCUGGAGGCGUGCUCCAUUGUCUUUCGAGACAGAUGUUUGCCAAAUACCAGGAGUCAUCAUUCCUAGCAAGCAUGGCCAACUGUCAGGGUUAAUGAGCGUUGUAGUUCAACAACAUCCGAAGGGCCACAUGUUCCCCAGUCCUGCCAUGACACAUCAGAGAAAUGUAGCUAAUUUACAUCAUCAUCAUCUCACCCAAAGAACAAUUGAGAGAGAAAAGAAAAAACAGCAUAAAACUGAACAAAAUCAUAGCAAUAUGUUAAAGAUACCCUGUGCUAAGAUAUUUCCAGUGCUGCUUACAAAUGGAUCAUCAGUAAAUUCAGUUUCCCUCAGCAUUUGCAUCUCCAAAAACUUGACUCCACCUUGCUGAGUUUAGCAAAGGCUACUUUGGCUGGAGAGAGAUUGGCCAUACAAGAGAGCUAUCUGUUUACCCAGCUACAACCAGAAGUAGCUCUCCUCAUCCCAAACACAAUCUUCAAACACUCUUUCCUUAUCGCUACAUGGAGCUGGACCUUUGUCACCGCCUGUGUGAAAACCUUUUGAAGACUGUGUUGCCUUUGGAAAGUUGCACGGUGGUUUCUCAGAUCAGCACUGUACCAGAUGUUUGGCCAUGUUUGUCAACCAGGUGAGUAGGGUGAUCAUUUUUAAAACAAAAAUCAUUCAGAGUAGCUGUACUUGUCCAUGUGUGUCAUGGAGUUGAAGUGGUUUGAGGAACAGUUAGUCUUACUUUCAGCCUGUCACUAGAUGGUGCCAAAAAUCCGUAUUGGAACAAAGUAUGUCAGAUUUCCGCUUCUGCAUCAACUCUAAUGGCGUGGAAAAGGGCUGUCCCCCAGGUGAUGGCUGCAGGAGGCAUUAAUCUCCCUGUUCUUUGCAAUGUGGUCACUUCUCCAGAUCUGGAAAAUGAUUGCCAGAGUUCUGUCUCAGCCAACGCGUUCUCUGUGCACCUUCUCUGGCUUUCAUCAUAAGUUCUUCUAACUGUGUAACAUGGGAACCUGAGAAUACUCUACUGACUGUAAAAUGGGGUGGGACCACUAGUGAGGGGGGUGCUUUCUCAAUUUGUUACCAGGGGGGUGAAGUUUACACAUAAGAGAAUCCACCCUCCUUUCUACCCCAGUAAUUUGGAUGAUAUUCUUUCAUUUUCUGCCCUUAAAGGCCACCAACUUCUCUUCUACCUUUUGAAAGUCGGACUUCUUUCAUUGCUGCAGCGAUCUUUUCUAAGUAACAGCCUUUAUCUGGCAACAUGCCCUUUGUAGAUUCAGCUUUUCUUUUUCUGUAUUAUAUCUCCAGGGUCAGAUAGAAUCGGGAUGUCUGGAAUGUCUGUGCCUGUUGCCACAAGUUUCCUUCCUUAUUUCGCCAAAGCAUCCAUCCUUCUGAUGAUUCCCUGCUUUGCCCUGCUGUUCGUAUGCGGCUGAAGGAAUUAGACCAGUGUUUCCCAAACCUGUGUUUCCAACUUUUUUCAAACUACAAUUCCCAUCUUCCCUGACCACCGAUCGUGCUAGCUAGGGAUGAUGGGAGUUUUAGUCCUAAAGCAGCCAGUCACCCAAGUUUGGGAAACGCCGGAUUAGGCCGAUGCUGUGCUGAAAAAGGAACAAAUCUCACUUCCACGCACUGCUAUCUACAGAGUGCUGCCAUGGAUGGCUGAGGGGUGGACAUGCUUUUCACCUUUCUUGACCUAACGCUUCUUUAAUUAAUGAAAACAUCUCGGUGUCUAUUUGCAUAAAGUAGCCAUCACAACUUGACAGUGGUGUGGCGUGGAGGGAGGAGGUAGACAUUUGUGUGAACCACAUCAGCAUGGAGGCCAGAGACCCUCUUUAGAAUUGGGGAGACACCUGCAAUAAGCAGCCAAGCAAUAUGGCACCUGAGCACAUGCGCUGGGUUCUGCCCAACCUUUGGGGGGCUCAGCACUUGCAUGUGACAUCACAUGGUGGGAGGAGGCCUCCUUACCCAUUACUCAGUCCAGAUGAUCAUUAGCUGAUUGCAAGCUGUCAGUAAAGUUUUGGCCAAAUUUAAAACCCCAAAUAUCUCUACCUCUUCCUUGCCAACCACAGUCAUUCUUCUCUUACCUCUCCAAAGGAUCAGGCCUGUUGCCACAAAGUCUUACAUUACAAUUCAUUGUAUUUCUAUGCAGAUGUCAGUCAGACUCUGUUUGGUGGGGCUUACAGAUGUGGAAAUGUUAACCUGAUCACCUCAUGACAACGCUUUGCGGCUGCAAUUAUAUAGCCAUUUACCCAGGAGUAAGUCCCGCUGAACUCAAUGAGACAUACUUCCGAGUAGGGUUGAAAAUAAGUCGCAAUGGGGAUCAAUUUGGGGCUUCCCACAACCUAUUUUACACAAGGCUUUCAAAUAAUUGGGCAGCCCUCUCUACAAAGUGUUUGGACUUCUGAAAGUUAGUUUCAUUUAUGUUCUUCCUCUCAAACUAGGCAAGGCCCGUAAAGCGGAUCACAGGGCCACCACCGAAAAUGCAAUGAAAUUAGCAAUGCUAAAAUCCUUUUGUGACAGAGAGUUAAGGAGGGCAGGAUACAAAUGUAUGCCAUAAAAUAAAUACAUGUAUAAGAGUUACAUGUGAUUCUCGGUUAGGCAGUCACACAGCUUUAAGCAGUCCAGGCAGACACACUGCCAUACAGCACCAGAUGUCAUGCUUUAAAUGCAAUGUGAAGGAAAAGCAGAGUCUGUCCUGUUCCAUCCUGCAAGCAGGGGGUAGAUACAGGCAUGGGCUUACCAUGUAGUCACCACGCAGCCUGUUAAUGUACUUCUGAUAUGAUUACAACUCAACAAAUAACUUCGCCGUGGAGCAAGAAGCAAGUCACACCCACAACACUAGUAUAAACAAAUCCUCAGGGGACAAACGUAUGUUGUAUUUAAACAGGAAUUCAAGGGGCAGGAGACCUAAACUUUGAUCCUGCAAUGUUGAGCAACGUGUGUUUGGAAUGCUCCCUCCCCGCGCCCCCAUUCUGGUUCAGUUUGUUUUUGAAACUGAGCUCCGUUUCUUGAAGGCUGCCAUGUCCCGAAGGCACUUCAUAAAGGCACCCAGAAGGAGGAGGUAGCCGCUUAGGCGCAAGCAGUUGCAGAAAUAUGUUUGCAGAAAUCCAAUGCAAAGCGAGGCUACCAACGGCUAGCGAGAAAAAGCAAACAAUGUGUUUUGGCAACGCGCUGCAGCCCCCCUGCUUAAGACACUGGGAAAAAAAGGUCACAAGUGCAUUAUUUUGCCAUUGUGCAAAAGCGACGAUCCAGUGAAAAUUGCCUGUUACCAUGUGACGGUGGAGAGGGCAGCACUGGUGCUAUUGGGCCGUUUAAAGUUUGCAAGAAGAUAAGUAUCUGGCCUUCCUUGAAGCGCCCUGCUCCUUCUCAGGAAUUGUACAGCAGGGCAGGGCAGCGCCUCCAAAUUCUUUAAACGAAACAGCAACGCUAAAUUAGCAAGAUUUGCAGAAAUCAGAACAGGCGUGGAGGCGUCAAUCAUUAAUUGGAUCUCAAUGAAAAGCCCAUUUUUGCCUUUCAUUCCUGUUCAGCCACAUCCUAUACAGCAGCCGUGUUUACAGUAGAAUGUAUUCAAAGGACUGAAUAUUGUAUCCAGCCGUGCAGAUCAGAGUUUUACAUUAUUUGAGGAAGACAGGCUGUUCCUUCCUACGCAAAUAGCCAUAGACUGACCAGCGCGGGAUCUCACCUAUCAUAUGCAAGGAGUAUUUACAUUUCGUAAAGCUAAUUGACAGUUCUCGGUUUCAUCAUCUUCCUCUGCAGAAUGUCAACAAAUCUCUAGUCUGAGUAAUCUGGAAUCUAUGUGCUGCAACCUGGUCAGGGGCCAGGAUAUCACAAGAACUGCCUUUUCCUAUAAGAACUUAGAUUAUCUUCUGGGGCCCUUUGCCAUCUGAGGGCACCACAGGUCAGGGCCUUUUCUAGGUUGGCACCUAAGUUGCCGUAUUCCCUUCCAAGGGAAAUGUGCCUAGCUCCUCUCAGCAAAGGAGUUAAGGCUGCAGAUUAAGGCCCUGCUAUUUCAAAGCACAUUCGGAAGCAGCACGCCAUCGGUUUUUGGCUUUGACGAACUUCAGUGUUCUGUUUGAUUUUUAAUUGUAUUGUAGAGCCU